CUGGAUUGGCCAUUGCAAGUACGAAACUAUUAUAACAUUUAGUUAGAUUCGAUCCAACCGUGUUCUCUAUCCGAUUCAACAACAACAUGAAGAAACAAAAAUGCGGCCAGGUAACACUUCGGCAGCUGGAAACUGCCAUAGGUCGUUGGGUGCUGGACGCAAGACGGUCAACGUCAAGACGGGCCUACUCCGAGUGUUCUCCGUGAUCAACAUAUUCAUUUACUCUCUCUGCGUCGGUUUAGAGGCAGUCCAUCCGUACGUUGGCCAGGGCAUCUGGGGCUCCAGCGUUCACAUGAUGUCGGGCUUAGUUGGAUUCAGCGGUUCUUACAGGCCCACCAAAAUAAGGUUGUCAUGGGUGUUGGCCUUCUCCUGUUUGUCCAUCAUGUUCGCCUUGAUCGUCAGCGGUUUAUCCUGGGCUGGAUACACCGACUGUGACCAUUAUCAUUCUGAAUACGACCCUGAUAUCGACAUUUGCAUAAAACCUGUUUCUCAACUGGCUUUAAUGGCCGUCAACAUUGUGGCCCUCGUCUUCAGCCUCGCGUCCGUCGUUGUUGUUGCACGCCCUUUAUGUUGUGCUCCUCAUCAACGGCAGAAUCCUUCAGGUUUACCUAACAUCAAUGUCUCUAUCAUCGGAUCGCCAAGAGACACGCCCAGUCUUUCCACAGGGACGACAACGAUUACCUCGUCAAGUAUUCAUACCUUUCCAUCGCACCGGCCGGAGAGGGAGAUCCUGGCUAGACUGGCCUUAUUUUCUCACCGUCUAGAAGAAGAAGAAGAUGAUGAACGACCUCCUCGUUAUUCUAUUGCCAUAGCAGAAGCUGCUGAACAGCAAGCGCAAAGCUAACAAUACAAUAUUUAUUGCGAAUUUCAAAACCAAAACGAAGGCAUCAUUGAUUUCUAAACAUGAAUAAGAAAUGAAAUCAUUCUUUGGGCUAUGGCAUAUGUAUUCAC